AUGAAAUACGCACAGUAUGUUUUCCUGGCCUCGGUCUUCUACACUGUUGAAUAUAGCCUAGCUCAGACCUGUGCAGUGGAGUCUUUCUCUGUCAAAGACAAUUUUGAUCCAAAAAGGUAUGCAGGGAAAUGGUAUGCCCUGGCCAAGAAGGAUCCAGAAGGCCUUUUCCUUCAGGACAACAUCUCUGCUGAAUACACUGUGGAGGAAGAUGGUACAAUGACGGCAUCCUCCAAAGGACGAGUGAAGCUUUUCGGUUUCUGGGUGAUCUGUGCUGACAUGGCUGCUCAGUACACAGUACCUGACCCAACCACUCCAGCAAAAAUGUAUAUGACCUACCAGGGACUGGCCAGCUAUCUCUCCAGUGGUGGGGACAACUACUGGGUGAUUGACACUGACUAUGAUAACUAUGCCAUCACCUACGCCUGCCGCAGCCUGAAGGAGGACGGCUCCUGUGAUGAUGGCUACUCCCUGAUCUUCUCGCGCAACCCCCGUGGCCUCCCCCCAGCCAUCCAACGCAUUGUGCGCCAGAAGCAGGAAGAAAUCUGCAUGUCUGGCCAGUUCCAGCCUGUGCUUCAGUCAGGUACUUCUGUUUAAUUAGCAAACUCACUGAGUUGUAUAAUAGGUGAUUGCCUUUGCUGUUAAUGUGACAGAACCACAGCAAACUCAGUUGUUCUUUUUUAGCAACCUUUCCAUCAUGUUAGAUCUAAUAGGAAGAGCUACAAAAGGAAAUCCACGCAAGGACAAGAGCCUGCUACAGGCUGGUUCUGCAGCCUUAAGAUUGUUACUUACAGGAAUCCUGUGUGUUGAAAGUGGUACACUACCGGAAGAAGAUCAGCUUUGUUACUGUAGUAGACAGGAUAGAAAUGGAUGCAACAAGCCAGUAUCUCUGCACUUGGAAAUGCUUGUCUUGGCUACUAGCAUAAUAGCAUCUUACCUUGGGUCUGUGCAGUGUCCUCCAGGAAGAGAUGAGAGGUGCCUCCUUAGUUCCAUCACGACUUGUGUCCUGUGUGGUCUGAGCAGCAGGGAUGAGGGGGUCUGAGUAGCAUUGUUGACUGCAUCUGCUGGCACUGGGAGUCAGCAGUUGAACCACAUACAUGCAAACAGACCAUGUCUAAAGCCCAUUUUCUGAAGGAACAGGAAUUGAUCUUCUAGUUCAAAUGCAGUCCAUGAAAUAGGCACAUACUUUUUUAGGGCUAUGCAGGAAGCAGAAAUUCCUCUUUGCUGGCAGUUGAGCACUCACACCCUUCACAACCUCAUCGCCCUGCCUGGAAGUUGACCUUCUACUAAGCCAUGUAACACCCAUGUUCCGCAUUGUGGACAAGGAAUGGCAGCGAAAACCUCCUGAACAGCACAUUCUUGUGUCAGCCAGUCCUCUACUACAGAGCAGGUACUGGCAUCACCCAAGGCUGUGAGCAUGGCAUGGGCAUCCCUGCCCCAUACCCCUCUGUGCUGCUCCCUGUAGCAGAGGGAAGGCAGCUGGUUUGCAGGGUGCUCAGGAAAACCAAAAGCCCAUGGCUAGCUGGGAAAGACUGCCUGUGUCUCUGCCAAUAGACACAGAGAAAUGCAAACAGCAACUUUUGCACUCGGCAUCCUAGUCUUUUACUGUGAUUCAGAAGUAUCUAGAAAGGUUGUAGUUAUAGAUUCACUGGGGACUUAAAGGCUGUUAAAGCACUUUGCAAAUUUACUUACACAGUCUAAAGUUUACUUUUCUUUCUUUCCAGGGGCCUGCUAAAAGUACGCUUCUGAUCCUAUCCUGAAGCAGAAACCAGACCUCUUGGUCUUGAAGUUGCCACUCAACUAAUAAUAAUAAAAAAAUCAUAGUAUGGAAUAGUGUGUUUUUCCUGAAAAACACAUGAAAAUAUUGGGGGAUCUUUAAACAGUGUGCAAUAUAAUAGUGAUAUUUGAAUUUUCAAGGAAAUACCUAAUGUGGCAUUUGUCAAUAAAUGUUUUUGAAAAAAAGUCACCUCUGGAACUGGUUUCUAUUGCCUGCUGUCCUGCCUGUUGGGGAGCAGAAGGACUGAAGAUGCUCACUGAGGAGCGGUGAGACAGCAGCCACUGUGUUUGUUCCCAGUACAGGCAAGGCAGUGUCACUCCCCAGCACUGAACAUGGGGGGCAGGGCAAGGAUGGUGAGCAGGGCACAUCCCCUGACAGUGCUAUCAUCAGACAAGAGCAUGGUGACAGGGCAAGUCUGGGAUUCACCUAGAAAGUCCAGCCAGCAAGAGGGCAAGGCACAGAGCAGGGUGCAGGCACAUCAAUGAGAUGGCUCCAGCCAAAAACAGGACUCGAGAGCAUGUCUGAGGCAGACCUACCAGCAGCAAGGCUCCCAAGGGGAAAACUGCAAAUGCAAUAAAGCAGAUGCUACUUUCAAUAACACUGGGCAUUACUUUAAAUGAGUAGGUGCUUGCAUUUCUAAUGGCAUUACCAGUAAUUUUCUCCCCUCUGCAUUCAUAAUCCAGUUUUCAGUAUCUGAAAAGUAUAGAACUGAAUUAUAUAGAACAGACUGGGUUAUGGCAAAGAAUUUCAUAAACAGACAAAACCAGAAGAAAAGUACCUAGAAAUGUCCAUGUAGAAAAAGGGUAACCUGAGUCAGCAUUAUUGACAUGUAUAUCCCACUGCUUUUAGUAAAAUCACAUUAACUUUGUGUUUCCUAAUUAUAAAAAUACCGGUCUAGAACACCCCAGCAUCCUGCUGAACCCUGCAGUUUGUCAACUACACAAAUUUUUACAAGUUAUAAUCACCAAGCACAGAGGUAAGACCAAGCUGAACAGCCCCAACUCCUAAGGCUUCCAAAAGGCGUAUGGAACAAGGCUAAUGUUGAUUGAAGACCUUCAGAGCACUACACUGUUAAACAGCCUCUGCAAGAUGCUUGCACAAUCUUACCAACAGUAACCAGAAAGAACAUAGAAACCGAAGACGAGAGACACUGUCCAGGACCAGGACCACUUCAGGGAUGCAGUGAAGUCUUUCAAAUUUCUAUUUCCCAGCAUUUCCUGGCAAUACUUGUAAGGUGCUCAGCCUGCUUCAAUAAAGACAUCUUUGCUCUUCAGGUCAAGGGAAAGCUAUCCUGACAGGGAACAAGGUGUGAACUACCACCUAAA